AGGCGCAGGCGCCCGGCGGAGGAGCAGGACCAUGGCCGCGGCUCCGGCGGAGGCGGAGACCCGGCAGCGUCUCCUGCGCACCGUCAAGAAGGAGGUGAAGCAGAUUAUGGAGGAAGCUGUGACAAGGAAGUUUGUGCACGAGGACAGUAGCCACAUCAUCUCAUUCUGUGCUGCCGUGGAAGCCUGCGUCCUGCACAGCCUAAAGCGGAGAGCAGCCGGGUUCUUGCGCAGUAACAAGAUCGCAGCCCUGUUCAUGAAGGUGGGCAAGAGCUUCCCUCCGGCAGAAGAUCUUUCUAGAAAGGUCCAAGAUCUGGAACAGCUCAUCGAGAACACACGAAACCAGGUACAAGGCAUCCAGGAGAACGUGCGCAAAGUGCAGAAGCUGCCGAACCUGUCUCCCCAGGCCAUCAAGCACCUCUGGAUCCGCACAGCCCUCUUCGAAAAGGUCCUGGAUAAAAUCGUGCAUUACCUGGUAGAAAACAGCAGUAAAUACUAUGAGAAAGAAGCUCUCCUGAUGGAUCCCGUAGAUGGACCAAUUCUUGCUUCCUUAUUGGUGGGGCCUUGCGCCCUGGAGUACACCAAGAUGAAGACGGCGGAUCACUUCUGGACUGACCCCUCCGCCGACGAACUCGUUCAGAGGCAUCGCAUUCACAGCUCACACUGUCGCCAGGACUCUCCCACUAAGCGCCCUGCUCUCUGUAUUCAGAAAAGGCAUUCGAGUGGCAGCAUGGACGACCGGCCGUCACUGUCUGCCAGAGACUAUGUGGAGUCUUUGCAUCAGAAUUCCAGAGCCACGCUACUCUACGGCAAAAACAACGUCCUGGUGCAGCCGAGAGACGACAUGGAGGCGAUCCCGGGGUACUUGUCCCUUCAUCAGACUGCAGACAUCAUGACGUUGAAAUGGACCCCCAACCAGCUAAUGAACGGUUCUGUGGGAGAUCUGGACUACGAGAAAAGGCUAAUUUCUAAAAUUUCCCAGUGUCCAGGCAAGACAGAGAGAGAGAGAGGUCAAACCACAAAUGUGUACUGGGACUAUGCCAUGACCAUUCGCCUCGAGGAGAUCGUCUACCUGCACUGUCACCAGCAGGUAGACAGCGGUGGGACAGUAGUUUUGGUGAGUCAGGAUGGAAUUCAGAGGCCUCCGCUCAGGUUCCCCAAAGGAGGGCACCUGCUUCAGUUUCUGUCCUGCCUAGAAAAUGGUCUCCUCCCUCAUGGACAGCUGGACCCACCUCUUUGGUCACAGAGGGGGAAGGGGAAGGUGUUUCCAAAGCUGAGAAAGCGAAGUCCCCAGGGCUCUUCCGAGUCGGCAUCUGAUAAGGAAGAUGAUGAAGCCACGGACUACGUUUUCCGGAUAAUCUACCCCGGCACGCAGUCAGAGUUUGUGCCCCAGGAUCUGAUCGACACACCAGCCAGCAGCCUGCCUUCCAUGUGGCAACCUAGCACCCGCAAGUCCUCCUGCUCCUCGUGCUCCCAGAAUAGCUCCUCCGAUGGUGGCCCAUCCAACGGCUGCAACCACGAAAGAACCCCACUAAAGCUCCUGUGUGACAACAUGAAAUACCAGAUCCUCUCCCGGGCUUUCUAUGGCUGGCUGGCGUACUGUCGACAUCUCUCCACUGUGCGAACCCACCUGUCCGCAUUGGUUAAUCACAACAUUGUGUCUCCUGACCUGCCAUGUAAUGCCAGCGGUGGACUGACUGCAGAGAUAUGGCAAAAAUACCUGCAGGAUAGCACGAGUUACGAGGAGCAGGAGUUGUUACGGCUCAUCUACUACGGUGGGAUCCAGCCUGAGAUCAGGAAAGCCGUCUGGCCCUUUCUCUUGGGCCACUACCACUUCGGGAUGACGGGAGCUGAGAGGAGAGAGGUUGACGAUCAGAUCCGGGCCUGCUACGAACAGAUCAUGGCGGAAUGGCUGGGCUGCGAGGCCAUCGUUCGGCAAAGGGAGAAGGAAUCCCACGCUGCGGCUCUGGCCAAGUGCUCUUCUGGGGCGAGCUUAGACACCCACAUUCAGAGGAUGAUGCACAGGGAUUCGACUGUCAGCAACGAGUCUUCCCAAAGCUGUAGCUCUGGCAGGCAAAGCCACGCCCGGCUGCUGAGUGACUCCAGCUCCAGCACCCAGGUGUUUGAAUCAGUUGAGGAUGUUGAACUGACGGAGGCAGAUGCCCAACUCGAAGACGGCAAACAAGCCAAAAUCCUAAACGGGACGAUCGCCAAUGGCACGUGUUCCCCUGAGCCUGGCCAUCCCUCUUCCCAGACUUUCUACAGCACGUCUGAGCACAGCUUCAGCACUGACGAGAAUGCGACGGAAUCCAGCAAAACCGGGUCCUGCCACCGAGGGAAAGCCAGUGGGGCCGAGGCCCCGAAACCACAGAGCUCAGCCAAUACACUGUCAGAGGAUAAGCUGGCGGGGGAGGAUCUGCAGGGCCAGGACAGCCUGGAAGGUGAAUGUCCCAUCAAUGGAAGCUUAGAAGUCUUUAUUCCAGAUGGCGGGAGCACAGCGGUGGUUUUGCCUGACAAUGAAGCGGUGGGCCUUUCUGUGGUGGAUGAGAGCUGGGCUGAUAGUGAAGCUGAAAAGCACAGCUUGGUGGGGAGUGAGGACAAUCUGUCGGAGGAACCAGAGAUGGAGAGCUUGUACCCACCGCUGGAUUCACUAGCUGUGGCUGACUUGGCUAACAAUGAAGUUUCUCCCGUCUCCUCAACUGGGGUCACCUAUUCUCCAGAGCUCCUGGACAUGUACACUGUGAACCUGCAUCGCAUUGAGAAGGAUGUGCAGAGAUGUGACCGGAACUACUGGUACUUCACACCUGCCAACCUCGAGAAGCUCCGCAACGUCAUGUGCAGCUACAUCUGGCAGCACAUUGAGAUCGGCUACGUGCAGGGAAUGUGCGACCUGCUGGCGCCUCUCCUGGUCAUCCUGGAUGAUGAGGCGCUCGCGUUCAGCUGUUUCACCGAGCUCAUGAAAAGGAUGAACCAGAAUUUCCCACAUGGGGGAGCCAUGGACACCCACUUUGCUAACAUGAGGUCACUGAUCCAGAUCUUGGACUCUGAGCUCUUUGAGCUGAUGCACCAGAAUGGGGACUACACCCAUUUCUACUUCUGCUAUCGAUGGUUUCUCCUGGACUUCAAGCGAGAGCUGGUGUAUGAUGAUGUUUUCUCUGUCUGGGAGACAAUCUGGGCAGCUGCACGCGUCUCCUCUUCGCACUAUGUCCUCUUCAUAGCCCUGGCCUUGGUGGAAAUGUACCGGGACAUCAUUUUGGAAAAUAACAUGGAUUUUACAGAUAUCAUCAAGUUCUUCAAUGAAAUGGCCGAGCGGCACAACACCAAACAGCUCCUGAAGCUGGCCCGGGAUCUCGUUUACAAAGUCCAGACGCUGAUUGAGAAUAAAUGAAAGGCCUGGGAAGGGUGGGGUGUUUGGCGAGAUGUCGCCGACUCCCGUCCAACACUUCCUUCCCCAUCUCCUUUUUCUUGAAGUGCCACACCUGUGACAAAAAAACCUUGGUAGUUUGACACAUGCUGCUCUCUAAGAUGAAAGUACCCUUAUCUCUGCUCUCAUGCUGUUGAGCUUAGACAUUAGGGGAAGGGUCCCCUAGUUUAGUUCUUCAGUUCAACAUUCGCUUUCAGUGAUUGACCAAAGAUCUGUAAAUCUGCAUCUUAUUUUUUGUUUCAAACAUUUCUACGUUGGAAGCAAAUCCUGGGCAGACAUUGCCUUGCCUUGCUUUGCUUUGGUGGUAUUAUUGCAGUUAUGGUUCCCAUCUUUAGCAAGAGCACUUUCCAGACAAAGCUUUCUCAAAGAGGGUGGGCUACAGGCAGACUAUGCCUCUGCUGUCCCUUGGUCCACCUUUGAAUUUGCAGCAUAUACUGCAGGGGAACAAAGCACUUCCCAAGAAGCAGCUUUCCCACGUGACAAGAAAGCCAGGCAGCAUGCCUCUCAAGCUAGUAAAAACUAGGGUGUUCUCAGCAUUCGGCUCUGGGGGAGGAGCGUGAGGCUGUGCCUUCAGCAGAGAGACUCUGAUCAGAGAAGUUCCUCCUAUGAUAUACCCUCUUCCUUGUUUGGGGCUCUGUUUUCCUCCCAUUCCCUAGGGUUGACAGUUUGCUCCUCACCCCAGGAUCAGAGCAUGUGGAGUUCCAACUCCGGCUAAGUUUCCAAAAGAGCUCAGGAUGCCAAGUAUUUCAGUGCCAACAUAGGAGCUGAGCUCUACUGGAAAGUCUGGUUCCAACUGUGGGUCCUGAGCAUUUGAAAAAUCCGGCCUUGAGCUUUUUUGAAAAUUCAGAGUUUGUGCCAGAGGAGUCUUUUGUGUUUCUGGAACCUGAUCCUUAGCCCAUUGACGUCAAUGGAAAGACUCCAGUUGGACAUCGGUGGGCUUGUGGAGGAAAAUAGACCAAGCUUAGCAUUCUCUGCUCUGGGUACCCAGAGUGGUGCAAUUCCAAGGCAGCUCCCCUGCAGUGGCACUAGCAUUGUGCCCCACUGGUGCUGUGGCGUGCAGCACCUUGGCCCACACAAGAGCAGCAGGAAAACUGAGCUGCAGGAUAAUUGGUGAGGUUAGUGCAGCCAAGAGUUUGGGUUUAUUUUUCAACUCAGGUAAAAAAAAGUAGAAGAGGAAAAGGAGAGAAGUGGGUUGUGUUAGUGGGUUAGUUCCCACCUGCCUAGGAAGGUCAUUGUCAUGGCUAAACCAGUUGGUGGUUGCUCCUGGCAGCUGGGAAAAUGCUUUGCUGUAGCUCUUUCAAGGGUACUUGCUCUCAAAUUGUGCUGCAAAAAUCUGUUUGCCAGCCAUGAAAUGUGUGAUAAAUGUGUUUUCUCUUCCUCCACUCAGCUCCCCCAGCAGGGCUAGGCCAGAGCCCUCCGUGCUGAGGGAGUGGUGUUCACCAGAAGGGGAAAGGGACUCCUCUGUUUCUCCUCCUGCAGAACCCUUCUUUGUACUGGAUGUAUUUUGUAUUUGUGUGUUGUGUGUCUCAGACGUUGCUUGCAGAAGAAACCCAGAAGAAAAUAGUGCAUGCUCCAGAAAUCAGUUGCAGAGUACAGUGAGCCAGUCUGCAGUAUGUGAACAAAUCACCUCAUCCCCCUGUACUAGUGGGAUGCAGAGUCUGUAACUGCAAACCAGGGAAGGGCAGGGCCUGCUGAACCCUUUUGCUGAAGAAGAAUACAGCGCGAGGUGAAAGCAGAGGAAAUCUGUCUUCUCUAAUUUCUUAUUUUGCAGGCUAUUUGUACUUUAUCCACAUGAGGUAGGAAACCCUCUGAAGCAAUUUUCUGUCCAGGUUAGAGCCAAUCUGCUGUAUUAAACGCCAAAAAGAGCUUAAUUUACUGGAGAAAACAGUCCGCACUAGCAUCUGAAAUAGUCUGCAUGGAAACUGAAGAAGUUGGGCUUUAAACCUUCAGGUUCGCCUAUGAAUCUUUCAUCUUUUCCUAAAGCAGAGAGCAAAUCUCACGCCUACGCUGGUGACCUGUUCCUGAUUUUACACUUGUAGCUUUUCAGAUGUUAGAAUGGAUAAACAAUCUGAGUAACCUUGUUCUAAAGUGGAAGGGAUCAAAGUGACACCUUCACAUAGCAAAACUAAGGAAUAAUAACCAUUAGAUAGGCAUAACUAGUAGUAUUUUAUCAAGCAACAACUCUGAUGACACUAGCUUUCAGGCUUUUUUUUUUUUUUUUUUUUAAUGGAUAGCUGAGAAUCCUGCACAAUAUCAGCUAUCUGUAUUAUCUGACUGUGUCUUCGGGCCCAUCAAUAGCAGUGUUUUUGAAUAACUUCUAACAAAAAAAAGUAUUUAUUUAUUCUAUUGAUUGUACAUUACUGUGUGUCCUUGUAUACUGAAUUCAGUGAGUGUGACUCUUUAUGCAAAUGGAGAUAUAUCUUUCAAUGUUGCAAACAUAUCUGUAAAUGUUUACCAGAAAAUUGUGUCUAUAUAUACAGUAUAGA